AUGACCAGCAUCGCAGUUGCGAGAGCUUACCAACAGUCUUUUGAAACUCACCCCUAUGGCACCCUCGCCAUCACCAACGGCGCGCUCAACGCCCUCGGCGACAUUGUCGCCCAGUUGACCGAGAAAUAUAAUGGACCUACGCGUCAACGAAGAGAAUGGCAGUAUGACAUUCCGCGGACCCUUCGGUUUGCAGCCUUCGGUGUAGGCAUGGGCCCUGUCAUCGGCCGGUGGAACUUCAUCCUCGAACGGUACUUGCCACUGCGUUCAGCAAAGCUGCCACCAGGCGGCGGGAAGGCCCCAGUCAGCUUGCGUGCACUCGGAAAGCGUGUAGGGGCGGAUCAGCUCUUCAUGGCCCCAAUUGGUCUGGCCAUGUUCAUUGGUUCGAUGGGUAUCAUGGAGGGCCGCGACGCGUCCCACAUACGGCGCAAGUAUGCUGAUAUGUUUGCGCCCGCGCUCAUCACGAACUGGCAAGUCUGGCCGCUUGCCCAGUUCGUCAACUUCAGGUUCAUGCCUCUGGCAUACCGAGUGCCCUUCCAGUCGUCGUGUGGUGUAUUCUGGACGCUCUACCUGUCCAUCCUGAACUCAAGAGAGGACCAGGCGCAGGACCGUGCGGAUGCCAUGCGGAGAUCGCUGGAAAAAUAGACCUCUCAUUCUAGACUUUACAUCUCGCAUAUGAGGACACUUCCAUCUUUCAGGGCAUAAUAGGGGAUGUGUGUCUCUUGGGAUCAUGCCUCCGCGUACCACUGUAUCACUAGCACAUACUAGUAU